AUGGAAAUAUCUCGACCACUGAGAAUAUACUUUCUCCCAUUCUUCGCACAGGGACACCUAAUCCCUCUGGUGCACGUGGCUCGUUUGGUGGCUUCAAGAGGUCAGCAAGUGACGAUCGUCACCACUCCCGCCAACGCUCAGCUAUUCGAUAAGACCAUUGACGAGGACAGAGCCUUGGGUUACCAAAUCCGCGUUCACAUCAUAAAAUUCCCCAGCAAGCUGGUGGAUCUCCCUGAUGGGGUGGAGAACUUGUCUGCAGCCUCUGAGGACGAAACAGCUUUUAGGAUACACAAGGCAUCUCAUGUUAUACGCCAAGAGAUCGAGGCUUUCAUGAAGCAAAGCCCUCCAGAUGCUUUUAUUCCAGACAUCAUGUUCACGUGGAGUGAAGCCUCAGCCCAAAGCCUCGGAAUCCCAAGGCUCAUUUUCAACCCUAUCUCCAUCUUCGACGUUUGCGUUAUCGAGGCCAUUAAGAGUCACCCAGAAGCCUUUGCUUCUGAUUCAGGGCCCUAUCACAUCCCCGGUCUCCCACAGCCCCUUACCUUAUCCAUUAAGCCAUCGCCUGGCUUUGCUGCGUUGACUGAAUCUCUGGUCAACGCUGAGAAGGACAGCCAUGGCGUUAUUGUAAACAGCUUCGCCGAGCUUGACGUGGAGUAUACCCAAUAUUACGAGAAGCUCACAGGGCGCAAGGUGUGGCACGUUGGCCCUAGUUCUCUCAUGGUACAAAAGACAGUGCCCAGUGCGGUGGGUGAUGAGCACGAGUGCUUGAGAUGGCUCAGCUCCAAGGAACAAGAUUCGGUCGUUUACAUUUGUUUUGGGAGCUUGUGCAUUAUGUCAGAUGAACAGCUCUGCGAAAUAGCCAAGGGGCUUGAAGCCUCAGGACAUCAAUUCCUUUGGGUGGUUCAUCGGGAAAACAAAAACGGUGAACAAGAAAAUAACAAUGGAUGGUUGCCAGAAGGUUUUGAAGAAAAGAUGAGGAAAGAGAACAGAGGAAUGCUUUUAGAGGGAUGGGCCCCACAACCCUUAAUCUUAAAUCACCCUGCCACGGGAGGGUUCCUAACGCAUUGUGGAUGGAACGCAGUAGCGGAAGCCAUUAGUGCUGGGGUUCCCAUGAUCACCAUGCCUGGUUUCAGCGACCAAUACUAUAAUGAGAAGCUGAUAACUGAGGUACAUGGUUUUGGGGUGGAAGUAGGCGCAGCAGAGUGGAGCAUUUCACCGUAUCAGGGUAAAGAGAAAGUGAUUAAUGGCGAACGUAUAGAGAAGGCUGUGAAUAGGUUGAUGGACGGUGAUAAGGAGAGUAAGCAAAUGAGAAACAAAGCCAAAGAGAUGCAAGAAAAAGCUUGGAAAGCUGUUCAAGAUGGUGGAUCCUCUCACAACAGUCUCACGGCCCUCGUAGACUACCUCAAGAGCCUUCCCCAUCCACCCCCAAAUUAG